AUGUCGAAAUUAAAUCGCGAUCAAAGUAGUGCAUUACUUCAAGAAGAUGAUGAUGAAUCCAUGGAAUCAGGAACUAAUUUUAGUGACGAAAGUGAUGAGUUAGAUAAAACCACUGACAAUGACGAUUCUUCCAGCGAUUCAGAGGAGACCGGAUUGAGUGACGAGAAUGGUGGCAUAGACGAUCAAUCUGCACGAGCCAUAUCACGUGAUCGUUUUGGGCAGAUAAUGUCUAAGCUAUAUUUUGCUCCAGUUGACAAGCCUGCAGAUGCAGGAAAAACCUAUUACAUUGACGAUUUCAUGAAUUGCUUGAAAACAACUUUCAAAGCCUGCCGGGAUGAUAGUAGCUUCCAAAGUAUCGAUGAACAAAUGACUAAAUUCAAAGGGCGUUCAUCACUCAAGCAAUAUAUGCCACUCAAGCCAGUUAAACGGGGCAUCAAAAUGUGGCUACGCUGCGAUUCUUUGACUGGAUACACCUAUCACAUGAGUAUCUAUUGUGGAAAAGAAGGAUCUGUCCUUGAAGGGACACUCGGCGAACGAGUUGUGAAUGAUCGUGCAGCAACGAUUUCUAACCCUGACGUGACACUUUGCUUUGAUCGUUUUUUCGCCACUGUUAAUCUCAUUAACAACAUACCAUAUCCAGCUUUGGGAAUAUGCAUGUCCAACCGGAAGAGUGUUCCGAAAAUACCAGAAAAAUUGCAGCGAGGCGAAGCUAUUUUCAAAGUUAAUUCGGCGGGUACCAUAGCGGUAAAGUGGCAGGACGUCAAAGAGGUAAUGCUGCUCAGUAACUGCCUCACAUCUGAAAUGAGCACUGUUAGACGCAAAAUGAAAGAUGGAACUGAGGCAGAGUUUCCAUGCCCUGACAUUGUAAAGACGUACCGCGCAAUAAUGGGCGGUGUGGACUUGGCAGAUCAAAUGUCGGGAUUGUAUGAUAUAAACAGAAAAUCAAAUAAAUGGUGGAAAAAAGUAAUUUAUUGUGGCAUGAUGGUGGCUGCUGUAAACACUUGA